AUGACAAGGGUGCUGAAGGAGAAAUAUUUUCCAUCUGGAUGUGUGUUGGAUGCAAAACCUAAUCUGUCAGCCUCUUGGCUCUGGAAUUCAUGGGUGAAAGUCCUAUCAAUCUAUAAAAAGGACAUCAGAAGGACAGUCAGAGAUGGCUUGAAUACCAAAAUCCUAGCCCAUCCAUGGGUGAUUGAUCUUCCAACAGGUAUACAUGCUCUUAAAUCUGAAGUGUCAAGUUUACAGCUGACUUGGGUCAAAGAAUUAAUGUAUGUCGAUGGAAGAUCAUGGAAUAGGAGUUUGAUUCAGUCUCUUUUUACUGAUGAAUCCUGUAAUGCUAUACUGAAAAUGAAGGACUUGAAUCCAGCUGAAAAUGAUAGAUGGGUGUGGUCUGCAGAUACCAAAGGAAAGUUUACAAAGUUGACAAUUCUCCAAUUUCCGAAGCCCGUAUACAACUAUCAACGUACAUUUUAUGGUGGCUUUGGAAAUCGCGAAACUUAUGGGUGUUCCAAAAGCUAUGGAUGCCUGCGGCUGUGA